AGCUGUUAUUUUUGUUAUUCUUUUGUUUUGAUUUUGUCGUGAAAUUAAGUUGCCAAAAUAAAUUCAAUUCAACUAAAAAACAUAAUUUAACAUACAUAAUUUGUUAUGUCUUGGUCCAGCGGUCUGAUAAAGGAAAUUUUAAAUCCUAACAACUUGAUUAUUUCAUCGGAACUCGGCGUGGUCAUCGCGGACAAGUAUCCCAAGGCGCAGCACCACUACUUGGUGCUCCCGUUGGCCGAUAUUCCCAGCAUCUUCCAGCUGAAUCGAAGUCAUCUGCCUCUGCUGGAGGAGCUGCAUCUGUUGGCCAGGAACGUGGUUGAGGUAAAGGGAGCCCGCUGGACGGACUUCCAGGUGGGGUUCCAUGCGGAGCCUAGCAUGCAGAGGCUUCACUUGCAUGUCAUCUCCACGGAUUUUGUAUCGCCAACCCUGAAGACAAAGAAGCACUGGAACUCUUUCAACACGGAGUUAUUUGUGCCCUACGAAAAACUCUUCGCUCUGCUGGAGAAGGAAAACUGCUUUUCACGCCUGCCAAAGUCGCUAAGAGACGAACUGCUGAAUAAGCCGCUGAUUUGCAACCAGUGCGAAUUCGUGGGCAAAAACUUGCCAACACUCAAGGAACAUCUACUGCAGCACCUCCAAGAUCCAGAGCGAACCACUAAAUCUCUUCCAGCCGGUUCUCGAAUGACAGAUGACUCAGAGCUUUCCUCCGUCAAUUUCGGUGAUUCCUCGAUAAUUCAAGCAGGUGACAAAAUGGAGAAGCAGGAGGUAGACGAGAAGGCAUACUUUCGCGAUGAGCUGAAGCGCAAGCUGAAGGAUAAAAGGAACUUCCUCAUCGAAACCGAUCGAGCGGUUGUUAUCAAGGCCGAUUUUCCGAAAUCGCAAUACCACUUCCGGGUGGUGGCCAAGGAGGAGCUCAGGGAUAUAACCCAGUUGACGGAGGAGCACCUACCCUUGCUGGAUCACAUGAUGGAGCUGGCCAACCAGAUCAUCGAGCAGCAGGAUCACCUGGAGUCGCGCGACUUUCGCAUCGGGUUCAAGGUGCACACCUUCUGGAAUCGCCUCAAUCUGCACGUUCUCUCGGACGACUUCUACUCUAUGGCCAUGAAGCGGCCUCGUCACUGGAAUAGCUUCCACACGGAGCUCUUCAUGCCCUUUCAAAUGGUGCACAUGCUGCUGAGCCUGCAGGGCUCCAUUGAAUCCAUCUCGGAAGAGAAGUACAACGAGCUGAGAAACCAAAGGACGCUCACCUGCAACCAGUGCGAGUUUUCCACCGACUUGUUGCUGGAUCUGAAGGCGCAUCUAUACCAGCACUGGCAGCGCAAAGAAGGAGAGCGCGAGCAGAAGAAAAAAAUGGAGAACAUAGUGCGAUUGUUGGAUGAGGCAAAGCUAAAUGACGAUGACCACUCGGUGCUGAAAUUGGACGAUGCAGCGACUGGCACUGCCCAGCCCACACCACUACUAAAGGCUGAGCCGGAAACCAAGGGAACUCCUACUCAAAACUUCCGGGUACAAAUCCAGCACGGAAGUGGCAACGACAAUUUAAUGUACGGACCUCCGGUCAACAUGAUGAACCAGCUUAAUCCCAAUAAUCCGUUCCGGAAUACGCCUCCCCUUAACAUUAACUCCUUGAAUCCGGCGCCUCAACAUAGGCCAAAUUACCGAGCUCGCAACCCAAAUCAGCACCGAAUGCCUGGCCAACAUGGACCCCGAGCCCCCUGGAAUGGUCCCCGCUUUCCGCCAAAUCCGAAUUGGAAUCCACAAAACUUCCCGCAGCAGGGAUUCAAUAUGUUUGCCCCAGGGCCAUCCAUUAACCAGCAGGGUCCCCCUCAGUAUCCAUAUCAGCCGAUUGGGGCAGGAGGAUAUGGUCCAACUGGUCCGCCCAAUUCAGUGAGACCGAAAUGGGUGCAAAAGACUCAGCAGAAGAAUAACCAGAAUCCGAACAACGUCGAACAGAAACCCAAUCUUCAAAAUCCGAAUCAACAAAUUCCUCAUCAGCAGAAACCGCCUGCUCAGCAUCCAACUCAAUAUGCACGUUCCAAUCAGCAGAAUCGCCCGUAUAAGAAUCCGCAAAAUCGGCAGAACUCUAAUCAAAACAACAAUCCAAAUCCACAGAAUCCCCAGAACCCCAAUAAGCAAAAAUACAAAAACAAGAAACCAGCAAACCCAAACCAAGGAGCUCAAGCUUCACAACCGACUAACAAUGCAGUACCUAAAACCUAAUGUUUUGAAUGGAGAGAAUUUCUUUACUUUUUUUAUAAAAAAAUUUUAUAUUAAAAUUGCCCUCAAGGAAAGGAAUUCAUAGAGACAACAAAUCGUUAAACAAACUAAAGCUAUAUUAUCCUUUGGACAUUAUCUGUUCCUUUAAACUCAAAAAAAAAAACCUAAUAAAAUUACAAA